GGUCUGGAUACUAGGAAAUUUGAAACCGCUGGUCUAUUGAAAGCCCUUAGAGUUUCAUAGCAACGGAAAAACCAAUCAGAAAGUGCGAUAGUUGCUAUCCGACAUAAACUAAACGACAAAGUAUUAUGGCUUCCAAAGAGCUGUGGAUCUAAAGGCGUUUACGUUAUUUAGUUCAACUGAAUUCGAUUUUAAAAGGAGCAUAGCAGUUUGUUAUGGCUGAUAAUGAACUUGAGGGUGAAAUCAGUGACAAUGAGAGCGAUUUGAGCCUUCGGGGAGAGAGCGAAUGUGAAGGCGAAGAUAGCGGUGGGGAAGAUGUUCGGGAGCCCGUUACUGGAACGACAUCAGGCGAUCGAGCCGCUACUCCUAAGAAAUCAAAGGCUAAGAAGAAGAAGAAAAAAUGGAUGAAUGUGUGCUUGACAAACUGCAAGUAUGAAAGUGUUCGCAGGGUAACGAAACGAUUCGGCAUGAAGGAGGUUGGUGAAGAUGAAGAUUGGGCUUUGUUCUGGACAGAUUGCUCUGUUGCUUUGGAACGUUGUAUGGACAUGAAACGUUACCAGAAAAUAAAUCAUUUUCCUGGUAUGAGUGAGAUUUGUCGCAAGGAUCUUCUGGCAAGAAACAUGAACCGUUUAUGGAAACAGUUUCCCAAGGAGUAUGCUGUGUUUCCUAAAACAUGGUGCUUGCCAGCAGAUUAUGGAGAAUUGCAAGCCUACUGUCGACAGAAGAAGAAUAAAACAUUUAUUCUCAAACCAGAUAGUGGUAGCCAAGGAAAGGGUAUUUUCCUGACGAAGAAUCCAAAGGAUAUUAAGCCAGGUGAACACAUGGUUUGUCAGCAGUAUGUUUCCAAGCCUUUUCUUAUCGAUGGAUUUAAGUUUGAUCUGAGGGUGUAUGUGCUGGUUACAUCUUGUGAUCCUCUGAGAAUAUUUGUUUAUGAGGAUGGCCUGGGAAGAUUUGCUACUUUAAAGUACAUGGAACCAAGUAACCACAAUGUGGAUGACACCUGCAUGCACCUUACAAACUAUGCUGUAAACAAACACAGCAAAGAUUUUAUCAGAGAUGAAGAAACUGGGAGCAAAAGACGGUUAACAACAGUAAACAGGUGGUUUACAGACAAUGGUUAUGAUGUCAAGGAAAUCUGGGCAUCAAUAGAGGAUGCUAUUAUUAAAACUUUAAUCACAGCCCAUCCAAUACUGAAACACAACUACAGGACCUGUUUUCCCAACCACAACAAGGGCAGUGCUUGUUUUGAAAUCCUAGGCUUUGAUAUUCUGCUUGAUAAAAAGUUGAAAGCUUGGGUUUUAGAGGUAAACCAUUCCCCAAGUUUUACCACUGACUCACCCCUUGAUAAAGAAAUUAAAGAGGGACUGAUGUUGGAUGCCCUCACUCUUCUUAAUUUUGGGGCAUGUGAUCGCCGCAAGAUACUCGAGGAAGACAAAAAGAGAGUACGGGAUAGACUUCUACAGAAACAGAGGCCUAAAGAGAACAAAGGGUUCAACGUGAACAAAUCAUGGCCAAACAACAAGAAAUGGAGAAUGCAAGGCUCAAAAACAGUGGGAGGGCUCCCAAGGGAUCCAAAGAUGGUCUUAGGCCAGAGAGUCCUCAUAGUCGAAGGCCAAGAAGGCCCCCGGUUAGGAAGAUGGUCCAACCUGGUAGACCAAAAUUUGAGAUUGGCAGAAGAACCGGCCAGGAGCAAACGGACACCACCAAACCAAUGACGAUAUCAGAGGAAGAAGAAUUGGAGAGAGUCACUUCCCUUCUUCAGCGGGAUAAUCUGAUAAGAGGGCUGGGUGUGGUCGAGUUUGUGUACAAACUGUUACACUGCACACCCGGAACUGGAGGACCACAGAAAAACUGCUCUUUACAUCACUCGAACACCAAUAAAGACUCGUCUUCCAAAGGUAGCUCUGUUGGCGGCCGUGAGAUAGGAGGCAGCCUGGGUGACAAACAUUCGGCCAUGUAUGGCUCUAUGGGAUUGCUGUCAACAUCUGGAGCAGUAGCCGCUGUUAACAAUACAGUCGCAGCUCAGUUGUCUCGGUUCCAGACCUAUCAACCUGCCUCUCUGUCUGCUGUUAUGAAUUUGAAAUCCAUAAAUCAACCAGCCACUUUAUCACGAAACGAUCGUCGUGCUCUUGCGUCAGUCGGUAUAGUACCAUCAGCUCCCACGGGGUUGCCCAAACACAGAUACGGCUCAAGAAAACUUUCUACAAGUGGCAGAGCAGUUAACGGCAAUCCAGAUUACGACUGGAGAUCAGGAUCAACGACUGGUAUCGAGGCCAGUAGCCUUGCUUAUAGUUUGAUUGAUCCUAGACUCGAUAACCAACCAAACACCUCGCUCAGACGCCGGUCUUUGAGCGCUACAGGGCUUAAAACUUGUGGUGAUUCCACUCAAGGAACACGCGUGGUCAAUCCGCGCGUUUUGGCAGCGGGUGGCGUGGCAGGGUCACAGACCAAUCUCUCCAGUCCAGGAGUAGUGUCGCCUGGUGUUAAUGCGCAGCAGUAUAUGUGUUCGAUGUACGCGUUUCCCAACGUGCUUAAAGUGGCACCGCAGCCUCAAAAUGGAAUGAACUUAUCUGUGAUAUCUGGCCCGGCGCCUGUCAAUUAUCGACCAAGUCCAGCCAGUAGUAGUAUAUCAGCCGAACAGUCUAGCUCGUCCCACAGGUUUACAGGAUCGCCAUCAGCGCUCAUGAGGUCAACUAAAGCUCAAAGAGCCCGCGGAGCUACCAACAAUAUGCGCCUGAAGCAACUUGAACUCCGUGAGAAUCAUGCAGUAGCCUUGAGCUAACGCAGCGGGGGAGCAGCUUCAGUUGACGUAGCUUGUAACAAAGAGAUAAGGGUUUGGAUUUGGCGUGUUUGACAUGAAAAGAAUCCCCGGAACAAAAUCAUGUCCAUAGAUCAUUAAAAUAGUGCUUCGUACUUUAUGAGAAAUGUUAAAGUGAAAUUUUUAAGAACCCCAUCGAGGAACCUGGAUUCAGUGUUUUCUAUCUAUCCAUACGUUCAUAUCGUAGUUAGUGUAGAAAGUAUAUAAUUUAUAUAGUAGUUAAGUGUGGAAUUUGAGCAAUUUUUGAAACUUUGUUUGCGAGAAUUACGACUGUUUUAAUACAAUUGUAUAUAGUUUGGUAUUAUCAAUAGAUUUCAUAUCUGACUGCGUGGUAUUUUUGCUGAAAAUGAAUGACAAUUCUCUGUUUAUGGCCAAAGACAUUUUCAAAAGUACAAUGGUUUUAAUCUAAAUAUAUUUGUACAGACUAAAAAGAUUCAUGGAGGGUUGAAAGAAUGAUUAAAUCUUGAUUAAAAGGAUGUAAAUAAUCGUCCUCAUCAGAA